UCUUUUACUUUGGUGAUUGUAGACCCGGUCCUGUGGUUUGUCUACGCAGGAGACUGUGCCACUAUUGCUGUUUGUAAUUGGUCGCUCCAGACAGGAAGAAACUGAACAAUGUGCCUUUGGAUUGGUUAGAGGUGUAAGUACGUGUCAAUGGCCAUGUAAACGAAAACUGCAUGCAUGAGACAUCGCAUUUAAAACUAUUAUGGAUCUGUAGAGUAUCUUAUAGAAAAUCAUUAUAUGAGAAAAUAAGAGGAAAUUAAGUACAAUAUGGAGAAUAUUCAAAAUCUCCCUAUUGACAUUCACACCAGCAAACUUCUCGACUGGCUGGUGGACAGGAGACACUGUACUCUGAAAUGGCAGAAUGCAGUGAAAUGCAUCAGAGAGAAGAUCAACGCUGCUCUCCAGGACAUGCCAGAGAACGAGGAGAUCAAACAGCUGCUCAUGGGCUCAUAUAUACAUUAUUUCCAUUGCCUAAGGAUAGUGGAUAUACUAAAGGGAACAGAAGUCUCAUCCAAAAAUAUAUUCGGCAAAUACUCAUCACAAAGAAUGAAGGAUUGGCAAGAAAUUGUGUCACUUUAUGAGAAAGAUAAUGCAUAUCUAGCUGAGCUGGCCAGCCUGCUGAGCCGCAGUGUAAGCUACGAGGGCCCCGCUUUGAGGAAACAGGUAGCUAAAGCACAGCAACUGCAGCAGGAGCUGAGUAGGCGCGAGCUGGAGUGCCAGAGCGGAGCUGCAGACAUGAGGGAGCGCUACCACGCAGCCUGCAAGCAAUACGGCAUUACGGGGGAGAAUGUGGCGCGGGAGUUGCAGGCCCUUGUUAAAGAUUUACCUACUGUAUUGGAGGAAACAGGAAAACAGGCUGCCUGCCUGGAGGAAACAAUAAAGUUCUACACAGCUUUUACUAAGUUUGUCUGUGACUGGUCUAAGCCUGUUCUGCCAAUGCUGUCUUUCAUUCAACAAAAAGGAAACACAACAAUUUACCAGUGGAAGACAGGAAUAGUGCCAACGGUUAUAGAGAGACCUGUAGUAGAGGAAGCACCACCUGACACAGUAACAGAAGAAACUAUUGACUGGGGUGACCUUUGUGGGGGUGCUGAGGAGGUAAAUAUUGGGACCACAGUUGAGGAGGGGGUGGACUGGGGCAUCACACUUGAGUCUGGCAAAGAGGAAACAGAUGAUGGCUCCAUUGACUGGGGUGAAACUGAAACUGCUGCAGUGGAAAUCGAAGUUGUUGCUGCAGGCACUGACUGUCCUGAAGGUGUUGCGAGAGGCGAGGACGCGCUCUCUCUGCUCGAGAACCCACAGACACGAAGUCAGUUUAUCGAUGAAUUGAUGGAGUUGGAAGUGUUCCUGUGUCAGAGACUGAGUGAGAUGAGUGAGGAGGGUGAUAUGGUGGCCAUGAGCCAGUUCCAGCUGGCUCCCUCUGUGAUCCAGGGGCAGACCUGUGAGCAUGUGCAGGCGAUGCUGGCAGAUGUACGCCACCUCCUGGAAGAACUGACAUCGUUGCGCAUGAAGCAUCUGUUCACGAUCCAGGCAUCGCCACGCUAUGUAGAGCGUGUGUCCGACAUGCUAAGGCAGAAACUGAAGCAGUCUGAGAUCUUGGUGCUAAAACGGGCCUCCCUAGCAGAGCAGCGUCAAGAGGCUCUGGAGGAGCAGGCCAAGCUGGAACCCCGCAUCGACCUGCUGGCUGCACACAUUAAGGAACUAAAGAAACUGAUUGAAGCUGACAUCUCAAAACGGUAUAACAAGCGGCCCGUCAACCUUAUGGGAGUUCAUGUGUAAACUGCAUAGUCCUCACAGCCAUUUCAUAAAUAAACAUUUUAUUUCUUAAAAA